AUGGAUACUAUUCCUAGAUUAAAGCUCUUUAUCUGGAAGUGCGCUAAAGAUAUCAUUUGCUCAAAGAAAAGUAUGAAUAAAAGAAUUCCACAAGAAACUAUCAUGUGUUGCAGGUGCAAAAUCCAUACUGAAACCACUCUGCACAUUAUUUUAGAAUGUCCCUUAGAAAAAGCAGUAUGGUUUGGAGCUGGCUACAUCAUUCCAAAUGAACUGUGGAACAAUCCCAAAGACUGGAUCUCGAAGUGGAUUAUGGAAUCUGACAGAUAUCUGAUUGCUAAGAUGGCUACAACCUGUUGGUACUUAUGGAAAGAGAGAUGUAAUGCAGUCUACGACAACAAAUUUAGUUCUCCUCAGCAAAGUCUGCACUGCAUUAACUCUUUUCUAAAUGACAUGUCUCUAGUUACAAAACCCAGUACUCAGCUAACUAGGAAUGUAGCCAUUCCUAAAUGGCUGCCACCUGAUCUAUAUUUUGUUAAAGUUAACACUGAUGUUUCCUUUUGCCAUUUAACUUCGACUAGAGGAUAUGGACUAAUAUUUAGAAACUUUGGAGGUGCACAUGUAGCCUCAAGGAGUGUUGUCUUCAAAGGACCAGCUGGAGCGGAAUAUCUGGAAUGUUUGGCUGUGCUAGAGUCUAUCAAGAUGGCUUCAGAGUUAAAAUUUCAGAAAAUUGUCAUUGAAACAGAUUACCUAUCAUUAGUUCAAGCAAUUCAAAGGAAAGAUGCAUAUAUUCCAUGGGAGCACAGAGGAUUAGUUGAGGACAUAUUAUUUCUUUUAGAAUCUUUUGUAAGUUGGUCUUGUACGCACGUAGACAGAUUAGCUAAUAAAUGCGCAGAUGAAUUGGCAAAAUUUUCCCGUAAGGUAUCUCAAACACAUGGCUAA